AUCACCGUGCAGGGACCCCUUAAACCGUUUCUGGAUGGCAUCUGCUUCCUUCCUCCUGCCAUUCGAAAUUUGGUGCUUCCAGUUCUAGGGUUACCGGCCGUCUCUCAACAGCACGCCGCCUUUUAUGAACAAGAAAAAAAUCCAUCCGAGAGAUGUCAAGAUCGACCCCGGGGAACGACGUGGAAGUUGAAGGAAGAUUUGUGCUGCUGGAGCUAGGACCCGAUGAGCAAACCAAGAGAUCCAAGGAAGACUUCUAUGUUGGGAGCUGGAGAUGGCAACUAUCCGCAGUCCGAGCGAAUGGGCAUACUUCAGUGACGCUUUCGCCAUCUUCACGAUCUUUUGACAAAUAUGCUGCCGUUGUUUCCCUGAAACUUAUACAUUUUCCUGAAAUUGGACCGGGCGUAGUUCAAAAUCUUGAAGUGGUUAGCGUGCCUCUCAACUGUCCUUGUACAUCGACAGUGACCGAUGAAUGUAAAUCAAGAAGAUGCUUGAUUGACAUCGAGUUUAUCAAAAUGACUAGGCGUGGCAAACCAGAGUCUGUUUUGCGUUCUAGAGAAACGAGGACGUCAAUGGAGCAAGCACAGUCUGGUUUUGCGCGCAUGCUGCGAGAAGGCAUCCUCACCGACAUCACCAUCAACGCCAUUGGUGGCAGCAUCAAGGCCCACCGCGCCGUUCUGGCCGCACGGUCAUCAGUGUUCUUGAGGAUGUUCUCGCACAACCUCAAGGAGAAGAAGCUCUCCACGGUUGACAUCUCCGACAUGUCGAUCGACGCAUGUCAGACCUUCGUCGGCUACCUCUACGGUGUCAUCGCGUCGGAGGACGAGCUGCUCACGCACCGGAGCGAGCUCCUCGCGGCCGGUGACAAGUACGGCAUCGCGGACCUCAAGAAGGCGUGCGAGGAGAGCCUUAGGAGGGACGUGAGCACGGAGAACGUGCUGGAGAGGCUGCAGACGGCACACACCUAUGGACUGCCGGCGCUCAGGAGGACCUGCGUGAGGCUGCUCGUGGACUUCGGGAAGAUGUACGAGAUUCCCAAGGAUUUUGCAGAGUUCAUGGAUACCACGGACCAGGAUCUCAUAGACGAAAUCCGUUCGACUGCAACUCUCAGUGGGAGAAAACUUGCGGCCAGAAAGAAGACUGCAGCUAAAAUUACUAGGCGCCGUAGCUUCUAAGAGGGUGCUUGGAUACGUUUUAGUCCCAUGACUAAAAGUAGUGGGACUAAGACUUGCUAGCCUCACCCAUGCUUGGAUCCAAAUACUAAAGAGACUAAAAUCAAUAUUGAGCAUUUAUUUAUCCUCAAAACCCUCCAAUCCAGAACUCGCAUGUGUUAAAAGAGAGGAAUU